GUUCACAUGUGUGAGUUGCGAGCAAGUUUCGCCAUCAGGAAUUAGCUUGCAUGUGUAUUUUCCAGUGAUCAACCCUAAUUUUUGUGCGAAGGGAGCUCUGACUAAGACUUAGUAUCAACUGUCGAUCGCUGAAACUUGCAGUAUCGUGUUGCCUUUUCCGUGAUAUACAGUUGUACACACAGAAUGGUUCAACCUGUCCCAGAAUACAUCAACUUUCCUAAGGAGGAAGAAAAGAUACUAGAAUUAUGGGAAAAACUUGAUGCAUUUCGUACGAGCCUUAAGCAGUCUAAAGGAAAACCAAGAUAUACCUUUUAUGAUGGACCGCCAUUUGCAACUGGUUUGCCUCACUACGGUCAUAUCUUAGCUGGUACCAUCAAAGACAUUGUAACGAGAUACGCACAUGGUAAUGGUUUUUAUGUGGAGAGAAGAUUUGGAUGGGAUUGUCAUGGGUUACCUGUGGAAUAUGAAAUAGACAAGACACUUGGUAUCACAGGACCUGAUGAUGUGAUGAAAAUGGGAAUUGAGAAAUACAACGCUGAAUGCAGGAAGAUUGUCAUGAGAUAUUCCAAAGAAUGGCGGUUUGUGGUAACCAGGCUUGGUCGUUGGAUUGAUUUUGACAAUGACUACAAGACACUAUAUCCAUCGUUUAUGGAGACAAUCUGGUGGGUGUUUAAACAACUAUUUGACAAAGGUUUGGUCUACAGAGGAUUCAAGGUAAUGCCCUACUCCACAGCUUGCAACACUCCACUUUCUAACUUUGAAUCCGGACAAAAUUAUAAAGAUGUUGUUGAUCCAGCAGUCAUUGUGAAUUUUCCACUUGAUGAAGAUCCAAAUGUGUCAAUGAUAGCUUGGACAACUACACCGUGGACGUUACCGAGUAACAUGGCUUUGUGUGUACAUCCCAACAUGGAUUAUGUCAAGAUAGAACACAAGAAAGACAGCAAAGUUUAUAUUUUGAUGGAAGCUAGAUUGGUGGCACUCUUUAAGAAAGAGGAUGAGUAUACCAUCUUAGACAGAUUUAAGGGUGUCACUCUCAAAAACAAGGGAUACAAACCUCUGUUUAGCUACUUUGAGGAAGUAAGUGCUUUCCGUAUAUUGAAUGAUAACUACGUAACAGAUGAUACUGGUACCGGUGUUGUACAUCAAGCACCAUUUUUUGGAGCAGUUGAUGAACAAGUAUGUCUUUAAGCAGGCUUCAUUAGUUCCUCAUCACAGUCUUUAUCAUAUGGUGCUCUCAAAAAGGUCUCUAGUCCGUUUUUGAUGUGAUACAUCAUGGGAUACAUUUUUAUUGCAUUACAGGAUGCUGACAAACAUAUCACAAAAUGGUUGAAACAACAUGGCCGACUGGUAGAUCAGAGUACUUGUAAGCAUAGCUAUCCUUUCUGCUGGAGAUCAGAAACACCAUUAAUUUAUAAAGGAGUGCCAAGUUGGUUUAUCAGAGUUGAAGAAUUGGUAGAGAAAUUAUUGGAUAACAAUCAGAAAACUUAUUGGGUGCCUGAAUUUGUGAAAGAAAAGCGAUUUGCUAAUUGGUUACGAGAUGCCCAUGAUUGGGCCGUGUCACGUAACCGCUACUGGGGGACACCAAUACCGAUCUGGAUGAGUGACGAUCAAGAAGAAGUUGUUUGUAUUGGAUCUAUAGAAGAAUUAGAAACGCUGUCAGGCGUUAAAAUUAAAGAUCUCCAUAGAGAAAAUGUGGAUCAAAUAACCAUCCCAUCAAAACGUGCAGGUCAGCCACCAUUGAGACGUAUUCCAGAGGUUUUUGAUUGCUGGUUUGAAAGUGGAAGUAUGCCAUAUGCACAGCAACAUUAUCCAUUUGAACACAGACGUGAGUUUGAAGACACAUUUCCAGCUGACUUCAUUGCUGAAGGAAUUGAUCAGACCAGAGGAUGGUUCUAUACACUGUUGGUGUUAUCAACAGCAUUAUUUAACAAGCCACCAUUUAAAAACUUGAUAGUCAACGGUUUAGUGCUGGCCAGUGAUGGACAAAAGAUGAGUAAAAGGAAGAAGAAUUAUCCUGAUCCUAUAGAGGUUGUUAAUAAAUAUGGAUCAGAUGCAUUGAGAUUAUAUUUAAUCAAUUCACCUGUUGUCAGAGCUGAAAGCCUAAGGUUCAAAGAAGAAGGAGUUCGAGACGUGUUAAAAGACGUCUUCCUUCCAUGGUACAAUGCCUACAGAUUCCUAAUGCAAAAUGUUGAGAGACUACACAAGGAUGAGAAUGUACAAUUUGUGUACAACGAAGAUCUUCUCCGACCAUUGGACAAUAUAAUGGAUAAGUGGAUCAUGUCAUUUACGCAGAGUUUGAUUGCAUUUGUUAGACAAGAAAUGGCAGGUUAUCGUCUUUAUACUGUUGUACCAAAGCUGGUCAGAUUUGUGGAGAAAUUAACUAACUGGUAUGUAAGGUCAAAUCGGAAACGUCUUAAGGGUGAUGGUGGUUCUGAGGAUUGUUUAUGUGCAUUGCAAACAUUAUUUAGUGUUUUAUUCUCAAUGGUGAGGAUGAUGACACCAUUCACGCCAUUCCUUACAGAGCAAAUCUACCAGAAUUUGAGGCAUUUAAUUGAUUCUAGUACGUCAAAAAACCAAGAUGAAAGCGUACAUUAUUUGAUGUUACCUCAGCCAAGAAAUGAAUUAAUUGAUGAACAGAUUGAGAAAGCUGUGGCAAAGAUGCAAGCUGUCAUUGAACUAGGAAGAGUCAUCAGAGACAGAAAAACAUUGCCAUUAAAAUAUCCUCUUCAUGAAGUGGUUGUCAUACAUCAAGAUGACAAGGUUCUGGAUGACUUAAGAUCACUGGAAACUUACAUCAUUGAGGAAUUGAACGUGCGUCAGUUAACCACCUCACGAGACAAAGAAAAAUAUGGAGUUCAUCUGAGGGCAGAACCCGAUUAUAUGGUCCUUGGAAAACGUCUCAAGGCUGAUUCUAAGAUUGUUGCCAAGGCUGUAAAAGAAUUGUCAGAUGGGCAACUAAGAGAGUUUCAAGACAGCGGUGAGAUGGUUAUUGAAGGACAUAUGCUGACCACUGAUGACAUACGAUUAAUUUAUGCGUUCGAUCAAAAUUCUAAUCAGCAAUCAAAUUACGAAGCACAUUCUGAUAAUGAUGUGCUGGUACUAUUGGAUGUAACUCCUGACCAAUCCAUGCUGGAUGAGGGCGUUGCUAGGGAAGUUGUCAACCGUAUCCAGAAACUGAGGAAGAAGGCCAAAUUGGUGCCUGUUGAUGAAAUCACAGUAUUUUAUGAAGUUUCUCCACCCGAUUCUUACCUAUCGAAAGUCAUCUCCAAUCACAAUGAAUAUAUUACGACUUCUGUCAAGCAACCUAUCAAACCAUAUCCGGUUCCUGGCGUCUGUGAUGACAUCAUUAAUGAGAGCUUCCAGGUGAGUGCUAAAAAAAUAUCAAAUG